AUGUCUGAGCGACUGAUCAAUCUCGUGGAGGAACGUCCGGCCUUAUAUCAAACUGACCUGCCCAUAUACCUCAACGAGCAAAAUUGGAAGAAUCUUUGGGAUGAGGCGGCAGUACAACUUGUUGAAGGUUGGGAAUCUCUUUCAGAGGAGGAGAAGAAUAUCAAAGUGCACAUUGUAACAAUAUUUAUCCCCCCCCCCCCCCCCUUUUAUUACAGUCAAAGAAAUUCAGGUGCGGUGGAAACACAUCAGGGAAGUAGCUGCCCAGAAAACUGCUUUCUGCUGCUGUGCUCCACCAUCCAAAAGGAAACGUACUCUUAUGCCGACCGGUUGACUUUCCUACUUACUGCUUUAAGACGAACUUCUGGCAAUCUUGAAAAUAUUGAGCAGGAGGGGAACCGUCAGGAUCCAGCAGCAGAAAAUGAACAAAGUGAGACACCCCCAACGGAGCAUUCCCCCACAACUCCACUCCACCCCCCCACUGCCACUCCACCUUAUACAACCAAUCAGCCUGAGGGUACCCAUGCUUCAAAAAGGAAAAGCUCUGACAUUACAUCGGGUGAUGUUAAAGACAUGAUUGCCAUGCUGUGCAGAUCGAUGCUUGCCAGGAAGGCACCUCUUUAUGAGGACACCCCGGAGCACUCAUUUCUAAUGGGGUUACUGCCUUCAGUUAUGAUGGUGCCACAGGCACAGAGACAUGCACUGCAAUUGGAAAUGAUAAAGCUUAUCUGCAGAUUUCUACCACAAGCAAAUCCAGGCAUGUCUGUAUCUUACCCCUCCCACCCUUACCCCAUGGCUCCACCCACACCAGCAAAUCCAUGGUUCCCCUACCAGUAUCCUCCCACUUCCCAAGCGUGGGAUAAUUCACAAAACUCCGCUUUCACGGAUCUUUAAAUACCUGUUUGCUGAUGUUUUGCACUUUUUGGGGGAAGUUUGCACUUUAAACUUUUUGGGGAAUGUUUGCACUGUUGGGGUGGGGGGGGUGUUUGCCGAUGUUUGCACUACCAUGUUCACUGUUUUUUCAUAAUAAACAUUCACGUUUUUAGUGAAGCAGUGUUUCUGUAUCA